UCACGGCCAGGUUUAUAUUUCCCCUUUCUCUUAGUGCAGUAUUAAAGCUGCCUCUCACUAUUUAAACGGAACUAACUAUACAUCACAUCCAGAGCCAACAUAACUGAAGUCAUCAUGGCAAUACAUUACUACGCGCUUGCUUGGCUUACGUUAGCGGUGACUGGAGCCGUCAGACCUGAAAUCUUCUCUAUGAAGGGUGAAGAUGUCAUUCUGCGCUGCGAGGCUUCAUCAAAGCCUGGUGUCCUGUAUCGUUCAGUGAUGUGGUACAAGGUUACAGAAGAGUCUGAAAAGUCUCCUCGACUGUUAAAUGGCCUUGUAAUGAAGAAACUAACUAAAAUCAAAAGCAGACUUGAAAUAUAUAAAGGGGUCACACGACACGUAGAGCUCCUGGAAAACUCAACGAAUCUUUUUCUGCCCAACGUGACUGUAGAAGACAGUGGGAUAUACAGCUGCUUUCUGUCUGCACCCCUUGGUCAUCAGAACCAGGAAGGCGAUGUCCAUCUGACCGUUUAUGAUGAUUUCACCAUUGAAAAACUGGAGUUCAGCAAUGAUGAUACAAUUUAUAUUGUGGCCCUCGCAGUACUCGUGAUGGCACUCCUCGUAAUGUACAUAAGCUAUGUGAGUCUGAGGAAUAUAUAUCAAAACAAUAAGAAGUCCUUGAAAGAUUCACUCUGGAAAAUGCCGCAUCGAGGCAAGGAACUGAUCGUCACUUUGCAGUCCAAAAACUUGGUUUGCAAGACAGUGCCUGAAGUGUUCGUCUGAAAUCAAAGUACAUGUGAACCAAAAGCAAUUCUCCGUUGAAAGUCAAGCAAAGCUUGGCGCUCAGAAAUCAACCAUGAACAGCGCUAGCCCUGAAGAGGACCGUUGCUGGAGUAAAGGUUGUAGGCUGACUCUGCUUGUACACAACAUGUGUGUGAAGAGCGAUAAAUAUGGUUUUAACAUCACGAAGGCCACUAAGAGCAAGAGAAAAUGACACAACGGAAGUGGAACGUGGAUCAGACCUGUCCUGACAGGAUCAGGACAGGAUAUGUUGGAUAGGCCUGAUAGCACAGUCGAUUGUUAUUUUGUUGUUUGUGUGUGAUACUUUAACUGAAAAAAUGUUUUUUUUCUACCUCACAUUUUUUUUAUGGAUUUCUAAUUGUUUACUGAAUUAAAGAUGUCUGUUGCGGUUGUUCAA